GGAAGGAGUAGGUAACGCAUCAAUGCAUCUAUCGGCUCUAUCCCUAGCUCGACGCGGCUUCACGUAACACCCCGAUUGAAACAUAUACUCUGGUGGGAUACUACGCAGCAAAGAAUGAGUGUAAGAAUGAGUGGGGGGGGUCGAUUGAACUGACACCGAACGAUAUGCCUGGUAUGUUCUGUUUAGCUUCGAAAUCCGAUCCGAGAUCUGAGUUUGGGCUCGACGAUAGGUAAUGUUCGGCUUCUGAGUGCCGUAUUGCACCGCAUCCUGUUGUUUUGCCAGGGAGGAAUAAUACCGGCCGGGCCAGUUUCCCUUUACAUAUGAGUAUGUAUCCUCGUGGUUCGUGGAACGGAUUCCGCCUGUGCCACAGCGCGCGCCUUGGAUAUGCAUGCUAGAGGACCCCUACACACGCCCCGUCAAGCAAGCCCCGGGAACGUAUUGUCCAACCCAGCGCAUCUCGCAGCUCGAGAAUUGGGGCUUCUGUCGGCGACAGUUUUCCCCUCCUGGUUAAAAAGAAAGAAAGGAAAAAAGCAGCAAAAAACGCUGGGGCUGGCCUUCCACCUACUUCAUACGUAUGCGCGGACCAGCCCCCUUUUCCAAUUCCACUGCGAGGCCAGAAAUCCAAUCCUUGCCAACAUCUUGGUGACCUCGGUGGCACUCAACCUGGCCGCAAUAGCAGCUCAUGUUUCUCUCGAGAGCACCCCCCGUCGGGAACGUUCUCCCAGGAGACACACACACACACACACACACACAUAUGUACAGGCUUACUACCUGGGCACAUACACAUGUGGAACGUCGAAUGCGUGCAUCCAUGAAUGUGCAUACAUACAUACGCCGUCCCCUGUCAUACCUGAAACUUCAGGACAAAGCAACCCACAGUGCUUGAAUUUGGGGGACAGGUGUUCUAGAAUUCGAGAAGUUGAGCUACGUAAAAGAUACAAAGGGAUAAAUACACAGAUACCUGCAAAUACGCAUACCUCUACCUGGGAUAAUACCUCCUAACACACCUACCUCUGAUACAUACCUCUGAUACAUACCUCUGCCUCGGCCUACGUACAUCAUAACUUAUCAAACCCCCAAACACGUCUCGAGGUG